GUUUUAGACAGGUCAGGGAGAGUAUAAAAGGGCUCAGUAAAGGAGAGGAGAAGAUGUGGUGAGAGCGCCGACUUCUACGGACGGAUAUUUUCAACUUUAAACAGUCAUAAUGAACAACAAUCUCCUGGACGUGGUGAAGGCAUGUGUCCACGCUGUGGUGUUAUUGGUUGUAGGUGUGUUGACGUACAUGAUCUUGGUGACGAUACGUGGCUCCCGGUAUCUGCGUUAUAAAGUUCGCUAUCACCUGCUCCUGCAGCACUGUAUCUGUCUCACGGUCUUCAACUCUGUGGGCAGUCUGAUACACGGCAUUCGCUCCCUGCAUCUCCCCGUCACACGCCUUACCUGCUGGAUCCUGUCUGACCUCCAGGUGGUGUUUGGGGGUGGCAUCACCUUCACUCUCACCCUCAUGUGCAUGUGCAGGUGUCUCGCUGUGUGCUGCCCGCUGCAAUUUGAACCGCUGGUGAACAGCUACUACUACUUGUUGAUAAUAUUCGCAUGGAUUCUGGCUCUGAUAAACCCACUGGUUUAUACGGUGUUAGCGUUUGUACAGAAGUCAUGGCACUAUGUGAUCUCCCCAGACAAAAAGUGCCCCACAGCUCUGGAUGGAACAGGGUAUAUCAUCAGCGUGCUGCUGUUUCUCAACAUCAUGGUGAUGCUUAUCUUCGGCAGUUACUUCCUCAUCUGUCUGGACGGUCACCAAUUUGGUCAUUUCUCUUGGUCUAACAGAAGAGCACGACGAACCAUCCUCACCCACAUGCUGCAGAUCAGCCUGUACCUCGUACCCACUUACAUCAUCAUCUCCUGCAUGCACAUGGAGACCGCCGGAGAAAUCGUCACUUUCCUGAUAUUCAGCAUGUCACAGGUUCUCAGUCCAGUCAUUUACGGUCUACAGUGUGAGGAAUUCAGCAUGGAAAUCCCACAUUUAAUCCCUAACUGCUGUUAUGAGUGUGUGAACCAUGAGCCCGGUGCAGGUGGGGAGCAGCGUGAAAACCCUGGGACAAGCAGACGUCCCUCAGUAGCAGUGAUCAGCACUGGAACCAACACCAACCCGUGUACCAUUAAUCUCCACGUGUCUGCCAAUGAGUGUGAUGAAAAGAACGCCGAUCACAUUAGUGAAGAAUACGAGGAAACUUUAGUGUGAAAAGUGACGAUUUGGGUAAAACUAUACAACAGAAUUGUGCACAGAAAUUAGUUUAAUUAAACAAUUUUACAUUUACACGUUAAAGAACAGCACUGAUGUGUUCAUUAGACUGAGACACUAAUCAUAUAGUCUGCUUAAAGAUAAAACAGCUUUUGCCUCCGUGCUAUUUUACAUUUGGGGAAAAACACAAACUUUAUUGUUACUGCACAUGAACAAUCUCCAAGGCAAUAAAAUACAGUUAGUGCGGUAUAUGUACAGAUAAACAUAAUAAAUAUUUAUACAUAUCAUCUAUACAGUAUAUGAAUAUUUAGAAAAUUUGAAUAUAAAUAUCAAAAACCCUGACUGUGUAAUUCUUUUAUUUUAUUUAUUAUCUUCAUUUCCUGUAAUUAAACUCUUAUUGUUCUGUCGAGUGGAAUCUUUAACACAAUGACACACGAACAUUUGUCAGUUGUUUAAGUCACAGAGUAAUGAUAUAAAAUAUGGAUGAUUGUCUAAAUUUUAUUGUCAUAACUAUAAAUAUUUCACUUAUUAUAAGAAUAUCUGGUGCUGUGUGUGUUGUGACCGUAAGCAGAGCUGCACUGUGUCGUGUGUUUCAGCUUUAUACACACUACAUGUUUAUAGAAUUUAUGUGUUUAUAUGUGUUAUAUAUGUGUGUGUAACUCAUGCUAACAAAGCAACACACACACACACACACACACUCACUCACACUCACACACUUACACACUCACACACACACACACACACACACACACUCACACACACACACACACACACUCACACACACACACACUCAUACACACACACACACACACACACAUAUACAGUAAAACAGGUUAAAUUCCUUACUUUAUUACAGGAAUGACCAUCAGAACUGCUAUACAGAUUUCUCUCAAUAACUUUUAAGCUUUACUGACUUUUUGUGAAAGUUUUGACACAGAAAAAUAAAAACUUGUUUAAAGAGUGAAAAGUAUUCGUCAUUUUUUUUUCAAUCAGUGUAUCUAGAAACAGGAGCACCAUCAUGGCCCAUGGCAGAGGGAGAGAGCCCCAAAAAACCUCAGUAUUAGACACAUUUUACACCAGACUACACUAAAGUGUCCCCCUGUCUUAUAAGCGUUAAACA